GUACCCAAUUGUCUGGUUAACCUCUCAGCAUUUUUCUCUUGCUUUAUAGUGGCACUCUUCCUUUCUUGGAGACUUGCAGUAGCUGCUUUUCCAUUUUCAAUUAUGAUGAUCAUGCCAGCGAUCAUAUUUGGGAAGGAUCUGAAAGAGCUUGGAAAUAAAAUGAAGGAUGCAUAUGGAGUUGCUGGUAGCAUAGCAGAACAAGCUAUCUCAUCAAUUCGUACUGUUUAUUCAUAUGUUGGUGAGAAGCAAACACUAAACAAGUUCAGCUCUGCUCUUGAAAAAGUUAUGCAGCUUGGCAUAAAGCAAGGUCAAACAAAGGGAUUGGUUAUUGGGAGCAUUGGGUUGCUAUAUGCUACUUGGGCAUUCCAAUCUUGGGCUGGGAGUGUUCUGGUCAGGACCAAAGGAGAAAGUGGUGGUCAUGUGUUUGGUGCUGAAAUAUGUAUCAUUUGGGGAGGAUUGUGUCUGAUGAAUGCACUACCAAAUCUUGCUCACAUAUUAGAGGCAACAAUAGCUGCUACCCGGAUUUUUGAGAUGAUUGACCGAGAGCCAACUAUAAACUCACAUAAAGAAAAAGGGAAGAUCUUAAAACAUGUGAGAGGAGAGAUCAAAUUUAAAGAGGUUGACUUUAGUUACCCAUCAAGGCCUGAUGCACUGAUUCUCCAAGGACUCAAUCUAAAAGUGCAGGCUGGUAAAACAGUAGGCCUAGUUGGAGGGAGUGGUUCUGGCAAAUCUACUUUCAUCUCCUUGCUUGAAAGAUUUUAUGAUCCUUCAUAUGGUGAGAUAUUUCUUGAUGGAUAUGAUAUAAAGAGACUCCAACUUAAGUGGUUAAGGUCCCAGAUGGGACUGGUAAAUCAAGAGCCAAUUCUCUUUGCAACAUCCAUAAGGGAGAACAUUCUAUUUGGCAAGGAAGGAGCUUCAAUGGAAGAUGUUACAAGCGCAGCAAGGGCAGCAAAUGCACAUGAUUUCAUUGUUAAACUUCCUAAUGGAUAUGAAACUCAAGUGGGACAACUCGGAGCUCAGUUGUCUGGGGGGCAAAAGCAGAGGAUUGGCAUUGCAAGGGCUUUAAUAAGAGACCCUAAAAUCCUACUACUUGAUGAAGCCACUAGUGCUUUGGAUUCACAGUCUGAAAGAGUAGUGCAAGAUGCCCUUGAUUUAGCUUCUAGAGGCAGGACUACAAUCAUCAUAGCCCAUCGCCUAUCCACAAUUCGCAAGGCUGAUUCAAUAGUAGUUCUUCAAUCAGGAAAAGUGGUUGAAUGUGGUUCACAUAAUGAACUACUCCAACUGAACAAUGGACAAGGUGGCACUUACAGCAAAAUGCUACAACUGCAACAAACAACAAGUCAAAACGAAAAUGCAUUGCAUAAUAAUAUAAACAAGAGUCCUCAUGCUAUGGAAAAUCUAACAAGUCCAACUUCAAGCUGGAAGAGCACCCCAACUCAUCAUGCAUUUAGCCUCUCACAACCAUUUAGCCCCAUAUAUUCAAUCAGUGUUACAGGGUCAUGCUGUGAUGACUACAACAGUGAAAACUUUGAGAAAUCUUCUCAUUCAAACUUCUCCCAAUGGCGUUUACUACAAAUGAAUGCCCCUGAAUGGAAGUAUGCUUUGUUGGGGUGUUUAGGUGCCAUUGGUUCAGGAAUAUGCCAACCAAUUUAUUCCUAUUGCUUGGGAAUAGUUGCAUCAGUUUACUUCAUAAAAGAUGACUCUCGCAUCAAAUCACAAAUAAGGUUGUACUCUUCCAUCUUCUGCUGCAUAGCCAUUGUCAACUUCAUUUCAGGCCUUCUUCAACAUUACAAUUUUGCUAUCAUGGGAGAGCGUUUGCUAAAAAGGGUGCGAGAAGUUUUGCUAGAAAAGCUGAUGACCUUUGAAGUAGGAUGGUUUGACCAAGAGGAGAACACAAGUGCAGCAAUAUGUGCACGUUUGGCAACUGAUGCCAACUUGGUUCGAUCACUUGUUGCUGAAAGAGUGUCAUUGUUAGUUCAGGUUUCCGUUAUGGCUUCCCUGGCUUUUGUACUCAGUUUAAUCGUUACUUGGAGGGUUGCUAUUGUCAUGAUCGCUAUGCAGCCUUUGAUCAUUGCAUGUUUCUAUUCAAAAAGCAUUCUAAUGAAAAGUAUGUCAGGAAAAGCACGAAAGGCUCAAAGAGAGGGUAGUCAGUUAGCAAUGGAAGCCACUAUUAACCACAGGACUAUUGCUGCAUUCUCAUCAGAGAAAAGGAUACUGAGUUUGUUCAGAACUGCUAUGGAAGGCCCCAAGAAGGAAAGCAUCAAGCAAUCAUGGAUUUCAGGUUCCAUAUUGUCAGCAUCACAGUUUAUAACAACAGCAUCUAUAACUUUGACUUUUUGGUAUGGAGGCCGGUUAUUAAAUCAAGGGUUAGUGGAAUCCAAACAUCUUUUGCAAGUUUUCCUCAUUUUGAUGGGUACUGGUAGACAAAUUGCAGAAGCAGGAAGCAUGACUUCUGACAUAGCUAAAAGUGGAACAGCCAUUAGUUCAGUGUUUGCAUUACUUGAUAGGAAGAGUCAGAUUGAACCUGAAGAUCCUAGACAUGGUAAGUUCAAGAAGACUAUGAAGGGCCAUAUAAAACUGAAAGACAUCUUUUUUUCAUAUCCAGCAAGGCCAGAUCAAAUGAUUCUCAAGGGCCUCAGUCUAGGUAUUGAAGCUGGCAAAACAGUAGCAUUAGUGGGACAAAGUGGCUCAGGGAAAUCCACCAUCAUUGGCUUGAUUGAAAGAUUUUAUGAUCCCAUGAAAGGGUCCAUAUCCAUAGACAAUUGUGACAUUAAGGAAUUUGAUUUGAAAAGUUUGAGAUCACAUAUUGCCCUGGUGAGUCAGGAGCCUACCCUCUUUGCAGGAACUAUACGUGACAACAUUGUGUAUGGUAAGAAGGAUGCAUCAGAGGAUGAAAUAAGAAGGGCAGCACGUCUUGCAAAUGCUCAUGAGUUUAUAAGUUCAAUGAGAGAUGGGUAUGAUACUUGGUGUGGAGAAAGAGGAGUGCAGCUAUCAGGAGGGCAGAAACAAAGGAUAGCAAUUGCUCGAGCAGUGCUUAAGAACCCAUCAAUCCUUCUCUUAGAUGAGGCAACAAGUGCUUUAGACAGUGUGUCAGAGAAUCUAGUGCAGGAGGCGCUGGAGAAAAUGAUGGUUGGAAGAACAUGUGUAGUCAUAGCUCACCGUUUGUCAACAAUACAAAGUGUUGACUCCAUAGCUGUGAUUAAAAAUGGUAAGGUGGUAGAACAAGGAUCACACUCAGAGUUAUUGAACGUUGGAUCAAAUGGAACUUAUUACUCCUUGAUUAGGCUACAACAUGGUCACUAA